GUUGCCUGGAGAGGGCCGACCUGUCGUCCAGUAACAUAGAAGGGGCGACUCUGUUCGGGUGCAAAAUGGUUUGCGCUAAUCUCGAAAACUGCAAUCUUAGGGGCACAAAUAUGGAGGAACCGCACGGGAAUAGGACUAAUAUGGAGGGCGUCAAUCUGAAGGGCGCUAACUUAGAAGGCAGUCAAAUGGCUGGAGUGAACCUAAGGGUGGCGACUCUGAAGAACGCGAAUUUGCAAAACUGUGAUCUUAGAGGGGCUGUACUGGCCGGCGCUGAUUUAGAAAACUGUGAUCUUUCUGGUUCUGACUUACAUGAGGCAAACCUUCGGGGAGCGAACCUAAAAGGGGCCGCAUUUGAACUAAUGUUGACUCCUUUGCAUAUGUCUUAUGUGGCCAAUUGAUAUGCGGGUAAUAUUAGUGUUAAUUAAAUAAUGUUUCAUAUGUUUCAAUACAAAACAAAACCGAUUAAUAGCACAUUAAUUAAUGAUAAAUUGAAUGCAAUUUAUGUUACCUUUUGUAGUAAUAUCAUAAAUGUUCUGACUUUGUGUUUGCUUUCUAUGCACUUAACCGUUAAAAUGAUCUUCAAUUAGAUAUUCAAUUAACUUAUCAUUUGAUGUUCAUAUCUAUUAUCUAUUAAUUGUAUGAAUCACUCAUAUAUCCGGUAUAUGUAUACCAGUGCUUGAGUGCAUCCAAAACCUAAUGUCACACUAAAUAUGCGAGAAGUCAUCACUUGUUAUGAUUCAAUCGAUUCUUACAUUCAAUUAUCUCACGAUCUCUCAGCCUUUCAGUCAUCAAAGUUCCUAACAUUCACCAUAAGUCUCAUGUAUUUAUUAUUUUAAUUUACAAAAUUUUUAUUUCUAAGGGG